CUCUACCUCAGACGGUCAAUAUAGACAGUUAGGCAAUGUUAAUGAGCGUGUGGGGGUCAGCUUUACGCAUUCAUAUGUAAAUAUGGCUACAUGCUGAUCAUCAACAAUUUUUAUGGGUUCUGUUGAGAGUUAACAAUUCCUACCCAUUACCUUUUCACCUCUCACACAUUACAAAAUUAGAAAAUUCGUUAUUGGAAUUUUACCGUGUUUCAGGUCCUUCUCUUCAGUACCCGCUUCCUUGAAGUUGUCAGCAAUUAUCUAUGCAGUACUUCCGUUGGAAAUAUGUUAUUCAAAAUAACUUUUAUCUUCAGUGUAAUACAAGUAUUAAAUCGAGUAUUAAUGUUAAAAGAUACAGUAAGUUCUGUAGGUAAUUAAUUAUUAUAGCACAGUUGAGGAUCUCUGUUCAGGAAAACAAAAGAAAGAAGCAUUUGCUUUCACGGAAACAAGCUUGCAACUUAUAUUGCUGUCCAAAGCACUUAAAAGGACGCCUCCAUUUUCUCUGGUUCAACUGAGGUUACAGUUAAACGGUAGGUCGAACCGGCACGGGGAUUGUGAGAAGUAAUGUCUCGUUACAGGGAAUGGGAUCCUUCAUGCAAAGUGUAUGUUGGAAAUUUAGGAAGCAGUGCUUCUAAAUACGAAAUUGAAUCUGCGUUCAGCAAGUAUGGCCCUUUGAGAGACGUGUGGGUUGCAAGAAAUCCACCAGGCUUUGCAUUCGUGGAGUUCGAGGAUGCGAGGGACGCCGAGGAUGCUGUUAGAGGAUUGGAUGGCAUGAGGAUGUGUGGAACACGUGUGAGAGUUGAAAUGUCCACCGGAGGUAGUCGACGACCAGUAAACUCUGGCCGAAGGCGCUCAAGAUCACGGACGCCACGCAGACGCUCUCACAGCCGCUCAAGAUCCCGCAGCCGCACUCCAAGGCGCUCUCGUUCGGAUUCAAGAGAUAGAAGAUGAACUGAACGCAAUUAAUCCAUUCUUCUUGAAGAGACAAUGUUCACUUCAUGAUUUUAAGCUUACUUUACAACACAACCAUCAUUUGACAAGCAUCUCAGUGACAUUACUGAAACAGUUGUUUUCUUUUUUUUUUUUUCUCCGUAAGUAAUGUUUUAUGUACUCUGGGUUCUAUAUCAUAUUAUAGCGUAUAACAUCUAGGCUGUUGCUUGCAUAUGUUGUGAGACCAGUGUGGUAUUAAUAUCUAGUAUUGUAGAUUUAUAUUAUUAUUCUACAGACGUGACAGUUAUCAGCAAUACUGCACAUUCUAUGAACUUUUGAUCAUAAUUUACUUGAUUUUUGUAGUGAGACGAAAGUGGUCUUUGUCUAGAGAAUUCUUUUUCUGUUGUAAGUUCUUUUAUAUGGUAGUGAUUCCAAUGGCUAAGUGUAGUGUGCCCUGACUUUUGUAGUAUUAUUACAAAGGAGAUAAAUAUGUUUUAAAUGGCAUUAACUUUAUGUAGUAUUAGUGAUCAUACAUAAUGGAUAAAAAUGUGUAUACCGUCACAUAACAAUUGAUUUUAGCUGGAUCAUACUUGUGUUGUUGCUAUAAUUUUAAUUAAAUUCUAUAGCAUUGCAGAGUUUAGGCUUUUGUGGAUAAUUCAGAGAACAGUUUUGCACGAGAUGUUAUGCCAAACAUGAAGCAAUCAAACAUGUCAGUAAAUUACACACAUUCCUUAUAAAUUUUGUUUGUGUAUGAAAGUAAUGGUCUUCAAAUAAAUGUCCUGACCAAAAUUGCCUGUAGAA